AUGUCGGCUGCAGAGGCGGGGGAUGUUUUCCACAGAGCGCGGGGCAGGACCCUGGACGCCUUUUCCUCAGAAAAGGAAAGGGAAUGGAAAGGCCCAUUCUACUUCAUCCAAGGUGCAGACCCCCAGUUUGGACUGAUGAAGGCCUGGGCCACUGGGGACUGUGACAACGGUGGUGAUGAGUGGGAACAGGAGAUCCGUCUGGCUGAGCAAGCAGUCCAGGCUAUCAACAAACUGAACCCCAAGCCCAAAUUCUUUGUUCUGUGCGGGGACCUCGUCCACGCCAUGCCAGGCAGGCCCUGGCGGAAGGAGCAGACAGAGGACCUGCAGCGGGUGCUCAGGACCGUGGACAGCGACAUCCCGCUGGUGCUGGUCAGCGGCAACCACGACGUGGGCAACGUCCCCACCCCCGAGACCAUCGCGGAGUUCCAGCGGACUUGGGGAGACGACUACUUCAGCUUCUGGGUCGGGGGUGUCCUGUUCCUCGUUCUCAACUCCCAGUUCCUGUAUGACGCGUCCAGGUGCCCCGCCCUGAAGCAGGAGCACGACCGCUGGCUGGAGCAGCAGCUGCGCACCGCGGGGCAGCGCGCCUGCCGGCACGCCGUGGUCUUCCAGCACAUCCCGCUCUUCCUGCAGACCAUCGGCGAGGACGACGACUACUUCAACCUCACCAAGUCCGUGCGCAAGGAGAUGGCAGACAAGUUCGUGGAGGCAGGUGUCAAGGCUGUCUUCUCCGGCCACUACCACAGGAACGCUGGGGGCACCUACCGGAACCUCGACAUGGUGGUGUCAUCCGCCAUCGGGUGCCAGCUGGGCAAAGAUGCCCAUGGGCUCCGAGUCGUGGUGGUCACCGCUGAGAAAAUCAUCCACCGGUACUACAGCCUAGAUGAGCUGAGUGAGAAGGGGAUAGAAGACGAUCUGAUGGAUCUGUUGAAGGAAAACUAA